CUUGAACCUGGUAUCCAACCAUUGCAAGAUUGCGAGUCGCUUCCAGAGAAAUACGUCUUGCGUUCCUUACUCGGUCGAUUCGAAUCAAAAUUGCAUUCAGAGUUCUAUCAGCAGCUGCGUCAAUCAGUCCGUCUAUAGGCGAUUUGUUUCCAUUGCAUCCCCUCAGUACCGUCUCGACAAUCUUCACACAAUGAGCACAUGUGAUGCCUUCCACCGCCAUAGCAAUCAUAAUUUCUCUAUUUUCUGUUACGAAUAUAAUUGGAACGGUGUCCGAAUGCUCCCCAUUAUCACCAUUCAUCCCACCCAUAGAUGCCACCGCAGAUGGAUUUGAUAAUAACCUUCCUCCACCAGAAUGUGCUAGCUGCGUGGCUGCGCGACUGACCUUGUCAACAAUGCCAGGCAAAUCCACUACGCCAGGGACGCAUUUAUUCUUAACAUUAAUCAUUUGUCCUGGUUCCGUAAGGCUGGAUUUGAUUCCACCUGCCCCAUUUAAUUGAUUUUGCUGCGCCAUAUGAAGACGUUCAAGUGGAGAUAGAUUCGGGUUGUUCAUUAUUUCUGCGCUCAAGUCAACACCUCUCCUACCCAUUGAAUUCAUACCCAUAGCGUUCGCGUUGUCUCCCUUCUCAGUGUCUCGCGAACGCUUUUUCUUUUUCUUAUCCCGAACCUUUUCAAGCUCUUUCAUUUUUCCGUGAAGCGUCCUCGGUGGUUGUUCCUUGUCAUUGAUUACUAGACAAUAUGCCAGAGUAAAAAAAUGACGGGUAUAUCCUUCCACUACCCCUUUCAUUUUUUCUGUUCCCAAGGCCGCAAUCGCCGAUCCACUUUCUCCCUUGCGACGAUGCUGCCACCAGGUCCGCAGGGUUGUCAAUCCCAAUUGAAUGGCAUCACUAUCGGCAUCGGAACCGAGCCAAGGGCUCAAAAUUGCUUGAACAUAGGGAUGUGCUAGACCUGAGCGGGGAAGAGGCUCGUAAGGGAACUGCCUGCGUUUACUGCCGUUCGGAUCCGCAUUCGAUCCCGCUUUGCCGUCUUUCUUGUUUUGCAAACGUACGUCAUUUUCGAUUGGAUGCGAAAGAGGAUCAAGAUCAGUAGAGGCCUUGCUAUCCAGCUCUUGUGGUUCCAGACCUCCCAAGUGAGACCAAGCACGAAAGGCUCCUUCAAAGAUCGAGGUGCGAUGCUCAAACUCUCCUCUGCGUCGAGACAUCCUUGAACGUUCCUUCGCCUAACGGCUAUCGUGUAGGCAAUCGGAAUUUAUUCUACUAUGAGUAAACGUUGAUGUUGUGAUUGCCGUUGCCGCUGGAUGCAACGAUGCUGAUGAUUUCAGAUUGCAGCUUGAAUCGUGGGGUUUAGUGCUUUCUUUAACUACUUCUUAGUUUUUCUCUUCUUUCGUAAGAUCGAGGAAUCAAGAUAAUUGUUUUACUCAGUUGAAGUUUUCGUCUUCGAUACCACCAAUGCUUUCAAAUGACUUGCUGCUGUCCUCUUUGAUUUAGUACGACUACUUGUACUUGUGGAACCGUUCUUGGGUUCAGUAUUCAACAAACUGUGCAAGGUUCAGGUGGUAGGUUAAGGGGGGGAAAGGGGUUGAUCAUCUCCUCGUUUUGUUAAGAAAUGCCGGUACCAGUACUUUUUUCUAACUGUUGUAUGAGAACUAAAUGUGCGAGUAGGUACGUACGGUACGAGUACGUACGAUAGACCUUUCUAUUGGUACAAUACGAUACCGUACCGGUUGGUACAGCGUAGAAUGUAUGCAGUAUUUAAUUUCUUUUUUCUUUCUACCGGUACAGGUUCGUUAAGUUCGUUCCGUCUACAGGUUCAACUCGUAGGUUUCAUAGCAGAACAACAUCACAGUAUUAUUUAUGGAUUCAAUACAACUUCAGCCUACCAGAUCAUUCCUUUUUCGUUUUUAGAGUCGGCUUGGAGAGCGUACGCAAUAGAGCUACUAAGUACGGGCCCCAUAAUGGCAUAUUAUUGGCAAUCCCCGUACAAAUACUAAUAGAAAUUUUUAGCUCAUUUUUACAGUUAAAACCAGUUAAAAAAGGCAUCCAAUGGACGAAAAUAAAAAUAUUUCCAUUGUUUAAUUUCUCGCUAGUCCCAAAAUAUUUCUAUUGGUGGUCCUUAAUAUUCGAGAUAAGCACUGAUUUGAUAUUCCCACUAGUAAGGACCAGGAAUAGAAAUAUUUGCGGACUUCAUAGUUUUUUGUGUGGAUGGGGGGAGAGGGGAAAUAGAGACGGGAAAAUGAGAAAAAAUUGACGUACGGAAAUUGCCAAUAACUUGCCGUUAUGGGGCCCGUACUUAGUAGCUCUAGUACGCAAUACUGUAGUGCGAUAACGAAAAUGUGCCUGCCAUAUGAAUCAUUUUUUUGGUGGAGACUACGAGUACGAUACGCUACUGUAUGCUCAGUUCGCAUGCAACCCAAUCUUUUGAAUUUCUUCGAAAACGACUACUAAAUAGAUUGCAGGGCGGUUUCCACCGACAAUAAUUCGAUUUUUUUCAUUCUCUCCAAUUUCCCCUCUCCCCCCCCCCUCCACACAAAGAACUGGAGAGUCCUUAGAUAUUUCUAUCAGUGGUCCUCACUACUGGAGAGGUAAAUUCAUUCCUUUCUACAGAAUUUUCUUUGCUUACUACUGGACCUCUAUUCGUGCUUACUACUGGGGACAUCAAUGAACUGCUGGGUAAUACAGAACGCCCUUACCCAGCAGUUCAAAUCACCCAACUUGUGAUGUACUAGUACGAACCGUACUUUACUUGGGGUACAAGUACUAAUCCAUAAACCAUAGCUCUGACGGCAACUUGCGAAGGUCUGUGCUACGUACGAAAUUAUUUUGUAUCUGUGUCUUCCCCCAACUUCGAUGGUUCUGAGCAAUUUGGAAAAACACACCUUCCCGAAGAUACGGCAAAAAGCUUAAACAAUUGGUUUGGAUCGGAAGCACUUUAACCCUAUUUACGUCCCCAUCUCCACACGAGUCUGCUCGUACCAUCUGUGAAAUUUGGAAAGCGGCACAAUUCUCCUCUCACACCUGAGAUACUAUUGUUCAGAAAAUAAUACGGAGGGAUAUUCUAUUCGACACGAAACAAGACAUGAUGAAGAAUUUUGGAAAUAGCAGAGGAUACUCGAUAUUGCUCGUUCUGUUCUCGUCACUCUUUGGCACUAAUGCAUUCCUUGCUUCCCCGACUAUUACGCUAAAUCAAAAGCUUUCGGUUUCUCCCCUUCAAAUGUCGUCAACGGAAAGCGAUGAUGCUGGUAUUCAUGUAAUGGUGAACGGUAUGCCAGGUCCCAUGGCAACAGCUGCUGCCGAAGCUUGUUUGCGCAAGGGGAUGAAACUCACGCCAGUUGCCAUGACUGGACCCGAUAUCGAACCGAUGACCAUUAUGGUGUAUGAUCCCGUCUCGCAAAAGUCACAAGAGGUUCGCUUGAUCCCUUCAACUCAAAAGGAAGAACUAAGUGCAUCUAUUGAGGGACUCAAAUCUUCAUAUGGCGAGAAGAAUGUCCUGGCAAUCGAUUACACUCAUCCUCUUGCUGUCAACUCCAACGCUGACUUUUACGUGGAUCAAAAGCUGCCGUUUGUUAUGGGCACCACCGGUGGCGAUCGAGAGAAAUUGAUGGACGGAGUUAAUGGAGCAAAGCAUUUUGCCGUUAUUGCACCCAAUAUGGCCAAGCAAAUUGUCGCUAUGCAGGCCGCGCUUGAAGAUCUUUCAAGAAAGUUUCCUGGAUCAUUUGCAAGUUACAAGAUUGCUUGCAGGGAGUCUCACCAAAAGACAAAAGCCGAUACUUCUGGUACUGCCAAGGCUGUCAUCGAUUCACUCACAGAAUUGAGUGAUGACGAGUUCACUUAUGAUGACAUCGAGAUGAUUCGAGAUGAUCAGGGUGCCAUUGACUUUGGAGUACCAGAAGAGGCCAUGAAUGGACACGCCUUCCAUCGGUAUACGCUAACAAGCGCGGAUGGCACCACGCAAUUCGCUCUAGAGCACAAUGUUUCAGGAAGGACAAUCUACGCCGAAGGUACCGCUGAUGCCGUCAAGUUUCUUGCUGGUCGAGUCAAAGAAGAAAACGACGGGAAAGUAUAUUCCAUGAUUGACGUGCUAGAAGCAGGUGGAUUAGAAUAAAAAAGAUAUCACAGAAUUGAUUCGAUUUAUAAUUUGGUUCAAAAGAUAAAUGCUAUUUGAAAUGGAAUAUUUUUUCCACUCGGUGCUGAAUUUUACAUCAAAUCAUUCUCCGUAAUAAAACCCACGUGUACCU